CAGAGCGGGACUGGCAUCAAUAUCAGGCAACCUCCAGCUGGUCAGUGGGGCGGGCGGGUCCUCCCAGAGGUGGCAGUAUGGAGCUCUCUCCUGGAGAGGGCUCCAGCCCCAGCCCCAUGCCCAAGCCCUCUGCUUCCUCCGACCCCCCUGGCCACUCCCCCGCUGCUCAUACAACAUCGGACCCGGAUUCCGGGGGCCAACCUGCCGGGCCAGGUGCGGCGGGUGAGGCGCUGGCCCUGCUGACCUCGUUCGGGCGGCGGUUGUUGGUGCUGGUGCCGGUGUACCUGGCCGGGGCAGUGGGACUCAGCGUGGGCUUCGUGCUCUUCGGCCUCGCCCUGUACCUGGGCUGGCGUCGGGUCCGCGACGAGAAAGAACGGAGCCUUCGAGCAGCGAGGCAGCUACUGGAUGACGAGGAGCGGCUCACAGCGAAAACACUUUAUAUGAGCCAUAGAGAGCUACCUGCCUGGGUCAGCUUCCCAGAUGUGGAAAAGGCUGAAUGGCUAAAUAAGAUUGUGGCCCAGGUCUGGCCCUUCCUUGGCCAGUAUAUGGAGAAGCUUCUGGCUGAAACUGUGGCCCCGGCUAUUCGGGGAUCUAACCCCCACCUGCAAACAUUUACAUUUACACGAGUGGAACUGGGUGAAAAGCCAUUGCGUAUCAUAGGAGUCAAGGUUCACCCUGGUCAGAGAAAAGAGCAGAUUCUGCUGGACUUGAAUAUCAGCUAUGUAGGUGAUGUGCAGAUUGAUGUGGAAGUGAAGAAAUAUUUCUGCAAAGCAGGAGUCAAGGGCAUGCAGAUACAUGGCAUCUUGCGAGUGAUUCUUGAGCCACUCAUUGGGGACCUUCCCAUCGUGGGAGCUGUGUCAAUGUUCUUUAUCCGGCGCCCGACCCUAGACAUCAACUGGACAGGGAUGACCAACCUGCUGGAUAUCCCAGGACUUAGCUCAGUCUCUGACACCAUGAUCAUGGACUCCAUUGCUGCCUUCCUCGUGUUGCCCAACCGAUUAUUGGUGCCUCUUGUGCCUGACCUUCACGAUGUGGCCCAGUUGCGUUCCCCUCUGCCCAGGGGCAUUAUUCGUAUUCACCUGCUGGCUGCUCGAGGGUUGAGUUCCAAGGACAAAUAUGUGAAGGGCCUGAUUGAGGGCAAGUCAGACCCCUAUGCACUUGUGCGUUUGGGCACCCAGACAUUCUGCAGUCGUGUCAUCGAUGAGGAACUCAACCCCCAGUGGGGAGAGACUUAUGAGGUGAUGGUACAUGAGGUCCCAGGGCAGGAGAUUGAGGUGGAGGUGUUUGACAAGGAUCCAGAUAAAGAUGACUUUCUGGGCAGAAUGAAGCUGGAUGUAGGGAAGGUUUUACAGGCUGGAGUACUGGAUGAUUGGUUCCCUCUACAAGGUGGACAAGGCCAAGUUCACUUGAGACUAGAAUGGCUGUCGCUUUUGCCAGAUGCAGAAAAAUUGGAACAGGUUCUACAGUGGAAUCGGGGAGUCUCCUCUCGACCAGAGCCCCCAUCAGCUGCCAUCUUAGUUGUCUACCUGGAUCGGGCCCAGGAUCUUCCUCUGAAGAAGGGUAAUAAGGAACCCAACCCCAUGGUACAACUGUCAAUUCAGGAUGUGACCCAGGAGAGCAAGUCUGUCUAUAGCACCAGUUGCCCAGUGUGGGAGGCAGCUUUCCGGUUCUUCCUGCAAGACCCUCGAAGCCAGGAGCUUGAUGUGCAGGUGAAGGAUGACUCCAGGGCCCUGACUUUAGGGGCACUCACCCUGCCUCUGGCUCGCCUGCUGACUGCCCCUGAACUGACUCUGGACCAGUGGUUCCAGCUCAGCAGCUCUGGCCCAAAUUCCAGGCUCUACAUGAAACUAGUCAUGAGGAUCUUGUUCUUGGACUCAUCAGAACUGUGCUUCCCCGCUGUGCCUGGUACUCUUGGUGCUUGGGACCUGGACAAUGAGAGCCCUCAGACAGGCAGCAGUGUGGAUAUCCCACCUCGAGCCUGUCACACUACUCCCAACAGCCACUUUGGGACUGAGAAUGUGCUCCGGAUCCAUGUAUUAGAGGCCCAGGACCUAAUUGCCAAAGACCGUUUCUUGGGGGGACUGGUGAAGGGCAAGUCAGACCCCUAUGUCAAACUAAAGCUGGCAGGACGAAGCUUCCGGAGCCGUGUCAUUCGGGAAGAUCUCAAUCCUCGCUGGAAUGAGGUUUUUGAGGUGAUUGUCACAUCAGUUCCAGGCCAAGAGCUAGAGAUUGAGGUUUUGGACAAGGACUUGGACAAGGAUGAUUUUCUGGGCAGGUGUAAAGUGAGUCUCACCACAGUCCUUAACAGUGGCUUCCUUGAUAAGUGGCUGACCCUGGAGGAUGUCCUAUCAGGCCGUCUGCAUUUGCGCCUGGAGCGUCUGACCCACCGUCCUACUGCUGCUGAGUUAGAGGAGGUGCUGCAGGUAAACAGUUUGAUCCAGACUCAGAAGAGUGCAGAACUGGCAUCGGCCCUGCUAUCUGUCUAUCUGGAGCGGGCAGAGGACCUACUGCUCAGAAAAGGCACCAAGCCUCCCAGCCCUUAUGCUACUCUCACUGUGGGAGAUACUUCUCAUAAAACCAAGACUAUUUCCCAAACUUCAGCCCCUGUCUGGGAUGAGAGUGUCUCCUUUCUCAUCAGGAAACCACACACUGAGAGCCUGGAGUUGCAGGUUCGAGGUGAGGGGACUGGCAUACUGGGCUCCUUAUCCCUGCCCCUCUCAGAGCUCCUCGUGGCUGACCAGCUCUGCUUGGACCGCUGGUUUGCACUCAACAAUGGUCAGGGGCAAGUGCUACUAAGAGCACAACUAGGGAUCCUGGUGUCCCAGCACUCAGGAGUAGAAGCUCAUAGCCACAGCUCCUCAUCUCUGAGUGAAGAACCAGAGCUCUGGGGGGUGCUCCCUCACAUCACCUCCUCAGCCCCAGAGCUCCGGCAGCGCUUAACACAUAGUGACAGUCCCCCUGAGGCUCCAGUGGGGCCUCUGGGUCAGGUGAGACUGACUGUAUGGUACUACAAUGAAGAACGAAAGUUGGUCAGCAUUGUUCACGGUUGCCGGGCCCUUCGACAAAAUGGACGGGAUCCCCCUGACCCCUAUGUGUCAUUAUUGCUACUGCCAGACAAGAACCGAGGCACCAAAAGGAAGACCUCACAGAAGAAGAGGACCCUAAAUCCUGAAUUCGAUGAACGGUUUGAGUGGGAGCUGCCCCUGGACGAGGCCCUCAGGCGAAAGCUGGAUGUCUCUGUGAAGUCUAAUUCCUCCUUCAUGUCAAGAGAGCGAGAGCUGCUGGGGAAGGUUCAGGUGGACCUAGCUGAGACUGACCUUUCCCAGGGUGUGGCCCAGUGGUAUGACCUGAUGGAGGACAAGGACAAGGGCAGCUCCUAGGGCUGGUGAUUACCAGUCUGACUUGCUGUCUUGUCUUGCCUCUCACUGUAUCACCACCUCAGUGUGACAAGCCUACAGCUAGAGCCCGAGGGAAGAGCCUGCACCUUUCAGCCCUUUCACCUCCUAGGCCCGUACUAGGGCCUUUGCCUGACCAAAGAGAAAGACCACGUCACCCUUUAUUGCACCGUCUUUAUCUUUCUGGGCUCUGGGCAGGGACCAGAGCUGGCUAUUUCCUGCUCUGCCUGCACAUUGUUCUCCCUUCCUAACAACUCCUCAGGGCCUUCUGUAUCUGUGCCUGGCCAUUGACAGCAUUAGAAGUCAUGUUAGCUUAUGCCAAAUACCACUUUUGGAAAGAUCUUUUUUCUUUAACUUGAUGGUCACCUUCUUCCCUACCAUGAGCAGUCAGGGAGGAUAAAUAUGUGGGUGGGAAGGUGGACAGGCUGACUUCUCAAUCUGUGAGCCUCUUGAACUACUGCAUGUAGCAAAGUUAUAUUAACCUGGGCCCCCAUGUCCACUUCUGUCCCCACUUUCCUCAAGUCUGUCCUGAAAAUUACACCUGCUAUAAUGGCUGGGGCCAGUCUCUUGAUUCACUCUGGGAACUGGGGAUGCUUGGAUUCUACUCAAGCCUCCAAGUAGUGGGAUAUCAGUCUUUGAGCCCCUAGCUGGUGAUAUGCAGAGGGCCUUGGAGGACUCGAGACUGCAGGGCCAAUUUUUUUGUUCAAGUGCCUAGACUGUUAUUGAGUGGAACUGAAUCUGAUACUCUUAGUUUUGCACCACCUCUGCCAAUCCACUGUAUCUUACAUUAAACAUCAUACUCAAACCA